AUGAGAAAAGCUGAGGAAGCUCGAAAUGCUAAAAGAGCCAGAAACCAGAUUGGUCGGGAAAAUGGCACCAACCCGUCUAUAGUUGGUCCUAUACUUGCUGAACAUGGUGGGGUUAAAAAUGACAUAGUCUCUAAAAACUCUACUACUAAAUCCAUGGAGGGGAUAGAAAUGGAUGAAAAUGAGAUACACAUAGAUAGCUUAGAGAAGAAUACCAUGCAGAAUCUGGAGAACCAUGCAGUCUUGGUAAUUAACUACUCUCCUCUUGACUUUCAUCGUUCUAUAUUUGUUUUUCCUUAUUUAGCGUUGAAUCUUUUGAAAUUGCAUGCACAUAGUUACUUCUUUAAUUACAUCUUUAAGUACAACACUAGAACCAUGAGGGUUUAUGCUUGGAAUUGUCAGGGUUUUGCCAACAAAAAAACUAGAUACCAUCUAAAAUAUAUGAUCUAUAGAUAUGACCCUGAUAUAAUCUUCAUAUCAGAAGCAAAAAUAGGGGAGAUUAAAAUGAAAAAACUCAUUAGGCAGUACGAUUUCCCUAACUUGCGGGAUGAUCUUUCCAAGCCAGAGUGGUUAUUGACCUGUCUUUAUGGAUUUCCAUAUCCUCAAUACAAAGAAAUGCAGUGGCAGUAUAUUAAAUACCUAAGUCAUACAAUCAACCAUCCAUGGGUUGUUAUGGGGGAUCUUAAUUUGGUUUUCAGCAAUGAAGAAAGACUACAUGUUCAUAGUUCUAUCUCUACAGCUGCAACUACUUUUAAUAAUUCCAGUGUUAUAGCUUCUUCUUCUAGAGAUUCUUCUUUUGUCAAUUUUAUUUAUGAAGCUGGUUUAGAAGAUAUGGGGUACUCAGGCAGAUCUUUUACUUGGUCAAGCAAUGUACAUGACACAGGUAUAAGAAGAUCUAGGCUUGAUAGAGCAAUUGUUAACAAUGACUGGUUCAUUAAUUUCCCGGACUCUGAACUCCUUCAUGUGCCACAACUGGGAUCAGAUCACUGCCCUAUGUUGCUUGAUACUUCAUCAUUGAAUGCUGAUAAAAAGAGGAACUGGAAGUAUUUCCAGUGUUAUGAAAAAGAUGAAACUCUAAAAGAGGAAAUUGUUGCAGCCUGGACUCAUGAGGUGAAUGAACUAGAAGUACUUCAACAGCAGCCUCCGAAUCAAAGCUCUCAUCAACAAGUGAUUCAAGUAGAGAACCAAAUUGAACAUUGGCAUCAAAUUCAAAGCGAUUUCUGGGGUCAAAAAGCUAGAGAUGAACUCUAUUUUGAAAUGGAUAGGAAUACAAAAUAUCAUCAUGCAAAGGAAAAUAAGAGAAGGGUAAGAAACAACAUUGUUGCAUUGAAAGAUGGAAGUGGUAAUUGGUGCACUACUAGAGAUAGCCUGGAAAAAUUACUUAUUGAUCAUUACAGUUCUCUUCAUACUACAUCUUCACCAACCAGGAAUGACAACAUCAAACAAUGUAUCCCAACUGUCAUUACUUCUGCGGGUAAUGUAGAUCUGAUGAAACCACUAGACGUAGCUGAGAUUCAUAAAGCCCUAAAAGCCAUGAAACCAUGGAAAGCACCUGGACCAGACGGUUUUCCUCUAGGCUUCUUUCAACAUCAUUGGGACAUUGUUGGUGCUGAUGUUGUGGAUAUGGUGAAGAAAUUCUUCCAUACUGGCUAUAUUCUCAAAAGCCUAAAUGCUACCAAUGUUUCUUUAAUCCCCAAGACAAAGAACAAGCAAUUCCCCGGUGAUUUGAGGACAAUUUCUCUCUGCAAUACCUCAUAUAAAAUCAUCUCUAAGAUUCUCUCAACUAGACUGAAGAAAGUAAUGAGAAGGAUUAUUUCUCCUCUCCAAGAUGCAUACGUACAAGGCAAGCAGAUUUCAGAUAACAUCCAUCUGGAACAAGAAAUUAUUCAUACCAUGAAGGAUAAAAAAGAAUUGUCUAAGCACCUUUCCCUAAAGCUGGACAUGUCAAAAGCCUUUGAUAGGCUUGAGUGGUCAUUCAUCAAAGAUGUCAUGAUGAAGAUGGGUUUCUGCACUUAA